CUUCUGGAGCUGGGUCCUGACUAGGGACUGCCUGGGUGAGGUGAGGACCUGGUGGCCGCAGUUGUGGCACUGUGCGCAGGCGCGGAACUGACCGGACGGAGCGGGCGGCUGUGGCCUCGCCAGCUGGUGAGAAGCGGGCGAGGGUCCGAGGUAGGGAAGGUAACGAGCGGGGGAUGUGGACACCUCUUUCCCCGCCAGGCCUCGCCGGUGCCUGACCCUCCCGGCCUGCGGCACCGGCUCAGGUGACUGGGCGCAGAGCUGAGGUUUAAAAAUAUCCUUUUUUGCUGAAGGAACACAUUUGCUGGUAUAGUUUCAGAAUGUCAAGUACUGUGUCCUACUGGAUCUUAAAUUCUACAAGGAACAGCAUUGCCACAUUGCAAGGGGGCAGACGCUUAUACUCCAGGUAUGUCUCAAAUAGGAAUAAAUUAAAAUGGAGGCUCUUUUCCCGGGUGCCACCCACCCUAAACAGUUCCCCAUGUGGUGGCUUUACUCUGUGCAAAGCCUACAGACACACAUCAACAGAGGAAGAUGAUUUUCACUUGCAACUCAGCCCUGAGCAGAUAAAUGAAGUGCUUCGAGCUGGCGAGUCAACCCACAAGAUUCUUGACCUUGAAAGCAGAGUCCCAAAUUCAGUGUUGCGGUUUGAGAGCAACCAGCUGGCUGCCAAUUCCCCAGUGGAGGACCGGCGAGGUGUAGCCUCCUGCCUGCAAACCAAUGGACUGAUGUUUGGCAUCUUCGAUGGACAUGGUGGUCAUGCAUGUGCCCAAGCAGUGAGCGAGAGGCUCUUCUACUAUGUGGCAGUGUCCCUGAUGUCCCACCAGACCCUGGAGCACAUGGAGGGAGCUAUGGAAAGCAUGAAACCCUUGCUGCCCAUCCUGCAUUGGCUCAAGCACCCAGGGGACAGCAUCUACAAGGAUGUCACAUCUGUGCAUCUUGACCACCUCCGUGUCUAUUGGCAGGAACUGCUUGACUUGCACAUGGAAAUGGGACUAAGCAUUGAAGAAGCAUUAAUGUACUCCUUCCAGAGACUGGAUUCUGACAUCUCGCUGGAAAUCCAGGCCCCCCUGGAAGAUGAGGUGACAAGGAACCUGUCACUCCAGGUUGCUUUCUCUGGGGCAACAGCUUGCAUGGCCCAUGUUGAUGGAAUUCACUUGCACGUGGCAAAUGCUGGUGACUGCCGAGCCAUCCUUGGUGUCCAGGAGGACAAUGGCAUGUGGUCUUGUCUGCCCCUUACACGUGACCACAAUGCCUGGAACCAGGCCGAGCUGUCCCGGCUAAAGAGGGAGCACCCUGAGUCAGAGGACAGGACGAUCAUCAUGGAGGACAGGCUGCUGGGCGUCCUCAUCCCCUGCAGGGCCUUUGGGGAUGUUCAGCUGAAGUGGAGUAAAGAGUUGCAGCGCAGCAUUCUGGAGAGGGGCUUCAAUACCGAGGCCCUCAACAUUUACCAGUUCACACCCCCACACUACUACACUCCACCCUACCUGACUGCUGAGCCUGAGGUCACAUACCACAGGCUGAGGCCCCAGGAUAAGUUCCUUGUGCUGGCCUCAGAUGGCCUGUGGGACAUGCUGAGCAAUGAGGACGUGGUAAGGCUGGUGGUGGGGCACCUGGCUGAGGCAGAUUGGCACAAGACAGACUUGGCCCAGAGACCCGCCAACUUGGGGCUCAUGCAGAGCCUGCUGCUGCAGAGGAAAGCCAGUGGGCUCCACGAGGCUGACCAAAAUGCAGCCACGCGGCUGAUCAGACAUGCCAUCGGGAACAAUGAGUAUGGGGAGAUGGAGGCAGAGCGGCUGGCGGCGAUGCUGACAUUGCCAGAGGACUUGGCGAGGAUGUACAGGGAUGAUAUCACUGUCACUGUGGUGUAUUUUAACUCAGAAUCGAUCGGUGCAUAUUACAAGGGGGGUUAAGAAUCUCCCAUCCUAUUGUCAAGGUUAACAUAAAUGCUCUUCUAAAAUGUUUCACUUACUCCUACACUAGCUAUCCAAACCUUACUAUUAAAAGCGCAGGCAGAUUUAAUUUGCUAAAUAGACUAACAGGAGGAAAAAAACAAACAACCUAGCUUUAAAAAACAGUGAAAUAGCAGUGAUUUCAUGUCCCUGUAUGUUCUGAUUAAGUCUUAUAUGCAGAGAGGACAGAGCAUAAAGUCUAUAGAAUUGGCUUGGGCUCGUGUAGCCCCAGUCAUUUGAUAAAGAUGUUGUUAAACUGUGUCAGCCUGAGCCUUCAAAGGGUAAAUUUAAUCAUGAUUCUGAGAAUAAAGAACUUCAGGAGCUUCUUAGGUCUUGCCACAAAAAUCUGCAAAUUUGAUAAUUCUCCUGAAUUCACAAUCAUGGACUUGUAGACUAUGAAGAGAUAUUUUAUUUGUUUGUCUUUUAUUUAAAUUACUAAGGUCUAGGUUUACAAAGCAUACUACAGGACACUUUUCUAUGCAAUAUCCUAACUUUUUUUGUGUGAUUAUGCUUGUGAGAAAUUUUGUAAUACUACAUUCUAGUUCUGUUUUCGUUUAUUUUAAAACUGAAUCCUUAAACUUGCAAACACGCCUACUGUAAGCAUG